AUGGGCAUCGACGCAGCAAUGCUGAAGACUGACCCCAGCAUUUGGAUUUUGAAGACGAAAGAUGAGCAAGGAAGAGUUACAGUUCACGGGGCAGUUGGAGCUCACGUUGACGAUUUCCUGCUCAUUGGAGGUCAGCACGAUCCACUUUGGCAGACCUUCCUCCAGAACUUCCACGAGAGCCUGAGAUGGUCACCAUGGGAGGUUGGACCCUUCACUCAUUGUGGAGUCCUACUUGAACAAGAUGCCCAUGGACAUUGGCAUCUCACCCAAGAGGAGUUCUGCAAAGGAUUGAGUCAAGUUGAAGAAGAUGGGAAAACAAAGGAUCUGACGCCCAACGAGCAGCAUCAAUGCAGAGCCGUGCUCGGGGCAGCCCAAUGGAGAUGCUACCAGACAGCACCGCAGCACUGUGCAAAGCUGUCACAUUUGCAGAGCAUGAUCGCGAGAGGAGACAGAACUACUCUAAAGGACAUCAACAAAUUCGUCAGGGAGAUUUACCACCAGGCGAACACCAAGAUCUCUGUCUUCAACUUGCACGCUUCUGAGGAUGACGAGAUUGUCCUCCUUGGCUGGUCAGACGCUGCUCUGGCAAAUCGGGUGGAUUUGACAUCCACUGGUGGCUACAUCAUCGGCUUUGCCCACAAGAAGAUGCUUGAGAAGGGCGAGGCCGGACCGAUAAGUCUUGUGAGUUGGAGCACUCACAAGCUGAAGAGGAUUUGCCGCUCCAGUCUUGGAGCUGAAGCUCAGGCACUGGCUGAGUGCGAAGCAGAGAUGUUCCUGAUCAGGGUGCUUUGGCAGGAGCUGUUGGGUAAGGAAGUGAACCUUCAAGCUCCUGAGCAGACCGCCAAACAGACCCCGGCGGCCGUCGUCAUCGACGCAAAGGCCCUCUACGACAUGCUGAUGCAGAAGGACAUCCCGCACCUUGGAGCCCGUGACAAACAUACUGCUCUGGAAGUGCUUGGACUUUCACAGCACCUUGAGGAGCAGGAGACAACGGUCCGAUGGUGCAACUCAGACCAACAGCUGAGCGACGGCAUGACCAAAAUUGGUGCCGCCGAGAAGAUCCUCAAGUACCUCGAAGGAGGCCAGAGGUGGAGCAUCGUCUACGACCAGACGUUCACUUCGGCGAAGCGUGUGAGAGCAGCCAAAACGGCUGAAGAUUUUUCCUUGUACAGCGAUCCCUCUUGGACGGAUAUCCUGUGGCAGACUGCGGGGCAUGUGAGAUUCUCAGGUAAAGGUAUUCAUUCCAGUCAGCCACAGCAUGUCAUUCCGAGAUCUCAUGCCACAGGUUCACAUCCAUUGUCCAACGAAUAUCACAUCAGUCAGAUGAGAAAGCAACAAGAAUUGGAGGUGAAGAUCAGCGAGCGCUGUGGUUUCAUGAUGCAAGAGGUUUUGGAGUCGAUGAUUCCUCAUGUGGUGGAGCGCCUCUUGGAACGACUCGCGCAGUGCCUGGACUUCAGCGAAUUGAGAGAUCAGUUGAUCGAUUCCUUCAGUGCGUCAACUGACAUGCUCCCAGUCGUUGAGGAGCGAUCUGAGGUGGUUCUUGCUCUUCUUCAAGAGGACCGUGUUGUGAAAAAUCGCAUGUCCACGGAUUUCACCCGAAUCGCUUCUUCAAUUGACACCUUGGUUGCACAUUCCAGUUGGCAAGUCCCCUUGAUGGAAAGGCUAGAAGCCAUGCAACGUGCAGUGGAGUCCAUGAGUAUAGUUGUGCAAAGGUCAACAUCACUGAAUGGCACGGCGGAUGCAACUUUGAACGGCAGCUGUGGGAGCACCAUGCCGCGCCCCGAGGACAUGAUGAGAAAAAAUCCAUUGGGUCAAGGAAGAGACAAACAGCGCACGUCAAGUGGAGAGGGCCUGCAGGGUCUUCAGGCAGCUCUACAACGCGCGGAACAGCAACGGAGUCGACCUCCCUCGGGGCAUUCUGACAGAGCACCACCACCUGCUCCCAUGCGACCAACGCGAACUGCGGUGAAUGGCAGGGGCAAUGAUCCCUCUUGGUACACCUCGAUGUCUCGCCCAGCAGCGGAAACAGGAACCACCAAUGGUCGAGCUCCUCGAGCGCCGAGUUCAACAUCACCAUCCAGUGACAGCCCUGUGAACAAACCGGCUCCAGCUCUCGCUCCGAGAGGAUCCUUUGCAAGGGCGCCUUCACCUGGGAAGGAUUGGCCGUGGCAGCCAAAGCCUCCACUAGUAGAUGAGGAGGUGCACCCGGAGCCAGCCACGGCCGUGCCUCCGCUUCCGACGCAGCCGCCCAGAUCAAGACCUUCGGAUUUCUUCUCUGCGCGUAAGAGCGAGGCGGACACAAGAGGUUGA